AUGGGACCACGCGAUCAAGCUACUAUUAGAAGUGACUCAGGCUAUGGGGACGAUGCGUCCGAGGUGCCGCGGGACGGGCCAGAUGCUCAUCCGUUGACCCUUAAGGGAUACGACAUCGGACCGGCGUCCAAAUUGCAAAUCGGCGACGUCUUCGAAUUUCUCUGGGCCGACGCUCCGGAGUUCGAAUGGGAGUGGAAAUGUCUUGGAUACACUCGUUUCAUUGUUUUGCGCCAUAGCGAUACCUUUCCUCAUCAUUGCGCUUGCAUACCUAUUUCCAUAGGAGGCAAACAUGAGUUCGCCAAGCCUGGCAUUGACCAUUUCCAGCAAGGAUACGUCUUCGGCAACGGUGAUCCGACACCGGGCCUCGAUCAGGGCGGUGUAGGGCAACGCCUACCGUAUUCCCCCGUAGGAAUUGAGCUGCGCCCCGGAAAGCUCCGCGUGAAAGAAGACUCUCGGGCCAACUAUGCCGAUAUUGUCGACGUCGACCACGAUGCUCAAGUCAUGGUUAUUGGUGAUGUGGUGCGCUACUUCGAUCGAGUCAGGAGGAACGUCAAUAAGGCCUUCAUGCGUCAGAUUCUGAGGAGGGCUCUGGAAGAAUAUAAGCGUCAUAGGGCGAAUCAAGCAGAGAGCAACAGGAUGUCUAAGAUUCCCCAGUCGGUACUCGACGGCGACGAAGCUCAAUUCAGCGCCUCAGAAAGCGUCGUUCCACCUUCAGAAUCAGCAAGCACAAUUGGGGAGACCAGAUACGAAAGGGAAGGGAGGAGACACAGGAGAUAUUCAAAUUCCAGUUUAAGCUCUCGAAGGCCGAGAACCGACUCACGGACUGGUAGCGUCAGACCGCCUCGGGAAGCCCCCCAAGAAGGCCGGAACGAAAAUUGA